CGGUUUCCCCAUCCAUCCUCAUCCCUCUCUCUCCAGCGCGCGUGCACGCACUCCAUAGGAGCGUUUUUGAUUAGAACCCCUCCCCACCCACCCCACCCCGGUUGAAGGGUGCACAGGUGCAUCCCACGGUUAAUACUCGCUCUCUGUUGACUUGAUUAUGGUCACAACCCCCGCGGUGCCAAGGUGGAGCCACCGCGCGUAUCUCGGAUCGGUGCGCUGCUCCAGGGACUGGGAUGCGCACCGGGCACCUCUCGCUUCCUGCCGAGUUUCGGGUCUGAGCAGGAGUCAAGCGCUGCCCCGGGGCGCCGAGGCAGGAGGAGCCAGUCGACCCGGAGCAGGAUGCCGGUGAUGAGAGGGCUGCUGGCCCCACAGAACACCUUCCUGGACACCAUAGCCACCCGCUUUGAUGGCACCCACAGCAACUUUGUUCUGGGAAACGCCCAAGUGCAGUCGCUCUACCCCAUCGUCUACUGCUCCGAUGGCUUCUGUGAACUCACCGGCUACGCCCGUGCAGAGCUCAUGCAGAAAAGCUGUGCUUGUCACUUCCUGUACGGUCCGGAAACAAGUGACCGGUCCACAGCUCAAAUCCAAGGAGCCCUGGAUGACAGGAGGGAAUUCAAGACAGAGCUGGUCUUCUACAAGAAGGAAGGUACACAGUUCUGGUGUCUUCUGGACAUCGUCCCGAUUAAAAAUGAGAAAGGUGAGGUGGUUCUGUUUCUGGUGUCCCACAAAGACAUCAGUGACAAGAAGAAGGAGCAGGAUCCUGAGCAGGGGCCUGAAACUGAUGGGGAGACGGGUUUGGAGGUGCAUCAGGUAACUCGCCCUCCAGGCUUCAACGCCAACCGGCGCCGCAGCAGAGCUGUGCUUUAUCAACUCUCUGGGCACCUGCAGAAACAGGACAAGAGCAAGCUGAAGAUCAACAACAACAUGUUUGGGCAGAAGCCUCCGAUCCCGGAGUACAAAGUGGCAGCCAUUCAGAAAUCUCGCUUCAUCCUGCUCCACUAUGGGACCUUCAAGGCUGGCUGGGAUUGGCUGAUUCUGCUGGCGACCUUCUACGUGGCUGUCACUGUGCCAUAUAACGUCUGCUUCACGGUUGUAGGGCGGGACGAAGGCAGCAGCAGCACACCACGAAGUCCUCCCAGCGUCAGCGACAUCCUCGUAGAGAUCCUGUUUAUUUUAGACAUUUUGCUGAACUUUCGAACAACAUUUGUGAGCACGUCCGGUCAGGUGGUGUACGAUGCCCGCUCCAUCUGCGUCCACUACGUCACCACCUGGCUCUUUGUUGACCUCAUUGCCGCCCUGCCAUUUGACCUGCUGUAUGCGUUCAACGUCAGUGUGUACUUCGGGGUCCACCUGCUGAAGACGGUUCGGCUUCUUCGGUUACUGCGUCUGCUGCAGAAGCUGGAGCGCUACUCGCAGUACAGCGCUGUGGUCCUGACUCUGCUCAUGUCCAUGUUCGCCCUGCUGGCCCACUGGAUGGCCUGCGUCUGGUACUUCAUCGGUCGCAGGGAGAUCGAAAGCCCUGGCUCCUGGGAUAUCGGUUGGCUCCAUGAGCUGGCAAAGCGGCUGGGGACCCCAUACUUCCUGUCCUCCCUGACAACACAGAUCCCUGCCACAGUCAGCAGCCUCCCAGCCAACAGCAGUCAGUGGAACGUUACCGGGUCAGAGGUCACGGGGCAGGUGGCCUGGAACUCCAGCCAGGAUUACGGGAAUGUGUCUGGGGGCAGAGCGGUGUCAGAGACAAGCAAUUUCGGGGUGCUGGGUGGGGGCCCAUCCAUGCGAAGCAGCUAUGUGACCUCACUCUACUUUGCUCUGAGCAGCCUGACCAGCGUGGGCUUUGGAAAUGUGUCAGCCAACACGGACUCAGAGAAGAUCUUCUCCAUCUGCACCAUGCUCAUCGGAGCUCUGAUGCACGCCGUGGUGUUCGGUAACGUGACAGCCAUCAUCCAGAGGAUGUACUCGCGCCGCUCGCUGUACCACACCCGCACCAAGGACCUGAAGGACUUCAUCAGGGUCCACCGGCUGCCCAAAGCCUUGGAGCAGCGCAUGCUGGAGUGUUUCCAGACCACCUGGUCGGUCAACAAUGGGAUAGACGUCAGUGAGCUGCUGAAGGACUUUCCAGACGAGCUGCGGGCCGACAUCGCCAUGCACCUGAACAAGGAGCUGCUGCAGCUGCCUCUGUUUGAGUCAGCCAGUCGGGGCUGCCUGCGCUCCCUCUCCCUCAUCAUCAAGACGUCUUUCUGCGCUCCAGGAGAGUUUCUCAUCCGGCAGGGGGAUGCCCUGCAGGCCAUCUACUUCGUCUGCUCCGGGUCCAUGGAGGUGCUGAAAGACAACACUGUGCUGGCUAUACUGGGAAAAGGAGAUCUGAUUGGCUCUGACUCAUUGACAAAGGAGCAGGUGAUCAAGACCAACGCCAACGUCAAGGCACUGACUUACUGCGACCUGCAGUACAUCAGCCUGAAGGGACUCCGCGAGGUCCUCCGACUUUACCCCGAGUACGCACAGAAGUUUGUCAGCGAGAUCCAACAUGACCUCACGUACAAUCUGCGAGAGGGCCACGGGGCCGACGCGGACUGGGAGAGCAACGGUGGCCUAGUGAAGAAGCUGCCGUCCAUCCGGGAGGAUGAAGAAGGCGACGAGGAGCAGAGCAGUGUGAGCCGUGCUACUCGCUCGCCGCUGCACCUCAGCAGGGGGCUGAGCUCGCCGUUGCGCUCCCCCCUCCUGCCGCCACGUCCGUUCCGCGCCCCCUCCGAGUAUUCGCGACCCUCCACCUUGCAGAUUCCCGUGGUGAGCUUCGGUGGUGCGCCACCGGAGCUCAGCCCCAGAUUCGUGGAUGGCAUCGAAACGGAGAGCAAUUCCAGCUUCUCUCAGAAGUUUGAAUUCAGUCCCAGCCUGACAACUGCAGCUCCACCAUCCCCAUACCCCGGGAUCCGUGAGCAAUCUGAGAUCAAGCAGAGUGUGUCGAAACUGACAGAGGAGAUGAACGGUCUUUCUAAACAAGUCUCCAAACUCAGUCAGGAGCUGCAGGAAAUGGUCCACCUCCUGAAGCCCCUCCUCCAAACGACACCGCAGCCAAUCCUGAUGAGCAUGGUACCACAUUUAACCCCACCUCAGAGCUGUGCCAGCCAGCUGUCAUCCACCUCCUGUCUCAUGGCACCACCCCCAGCCAUACCUUGCUCCCCCCGGAGACCAGGCACUCACUCUCUGUUGGACAGCGGAGAUACGGAGAGUGUGGAUUUGCCAGGAUGCCUUCUCCCAACUUUUCACUCAGCAAAAGGGCCUAAUUCAUCUCCACCAGCAUCAGCGCAGCCUCCAACCAACCCCACAGGAGGCAGCACCCACAAACCCCUCAACUCCAGUCUUCCCUCCCUUAAGGAGGGACUUCUGGAGGGGUCCCCAGCCUCCCGGAGCCCCCAGGUGUCCUCCAGUAACAGGAUGUUUUUGCCCUUGUUGCAGGACCAGCCUCCUUUGACCUCUCACACCCCAUCACCAUCUCUUUCUUUCUCUAUGUCUCUCUCCCCUUCGCCCUCCCUCUCCCCCUGCCAGGGCCCCCACCCAUCACGAACUGGCCUCUGCACCAGAAGCCUGCUCCCCCCACCUCCAUCCCAGGACACCCCUCCUCCUCCCCUUUCUUCACACUGCUCCGCUCCCCCGUCGCUCACAUCCUCCCCUGGAGAUCACCGGCUGAGGCCUCCCCCUUCUGUCCCAAUCGUCUCCCCCGCUGUCCCUCUCCAUCCCUCCACUCUCUCCCUGCCCUUGGACUUUGGGAGCGUGAUGAAAAGAGACACCCAGACUUCAUCUUGGCGCAACUCACCGCAGCACCAGAGAGAGGCGAGAGCACCGGCAAAUCCCCAGGAGCUGGAGAUGCAAGAGUGGGGACGACAGGAGGAGGAGGGGACGUCCUCCAUGGAGCACAUCAGCUUCAUCGAUGAAGAGGAGCCAGCUUUAUGAGCGGGUUCGUGCUAAGGAAGCCAUGACGGCAGCUGUCUGGAUAGACAGAUGUCUCCUCCUCUUUAAAGGGCAGGUACAAAGACACAUCACUCAGCAGGAAAGGUCUCCACCCCAAACACGAUGACCACGAGCCAGCUCACCAGGACGGCGAAUGUAAGCUCUUCAUCCAGUCUCAUCAGGUCUUCUCACCUGGAGGGCCAGUCUGCUUCAUCACUGGAUUUAUUUUCAAAGGGAAGCAAACACCUCUAAGCUUUUAAACACUCAUCUUGUCUGAGUCAUGCACGCUCCAACAAAUGAAAAUAAAUCAAGAAUUCAACAGUUUCUUGAAGUACAGGGCAGCUGCGAGGAAGCAGCCAAGUCUGGACGAGCUGUUUGGGUUCUUUGCCAAAGAAAAAGUGAAAACGUUCGGGGAGAACUCAAACCAUGACCCGCAUCCUUAUCAUAUGUGUUUACAAUCAGCCGAUCAGAUUGUGCAUCCCACAUCACCCCUGAGCUUUAGCCAUCCAGCCAUUCGUGCCUUCUCCAUGUAAAGACUUCCCCGCGGUACUUCACCUGUUUGGAUUUAGAUCAAAAGCCAUCAAUGUCACCUACUGAGAACACUUGCACCUUUUAUCUGAAAUAUAACCACUUUAUUUAUUUAUUUAGACUCUUUUGUUAUUUUUAGAAAAGAAGUGAGGACUAAUAUUGCACGUCUUUGUGACUGGAUGCUCUCCAGACUGACUGUAACCUACUGAUUCUUAUGUAGCACACACUCCUCAUCAUCUCCUUUGGCUGAGCUUUACGCUGGUACGGGACGACAGCCUGAACCCAACGACAUCCAGGCUGCAUUGCUAUGAAGGUCUCAGGACUUCUGUUUUUUUUUUGUUUGUUUGUUUGUUUUGUUUUGUUUUGUUUUUUUUGCUUUGCUUUGCUUUGCUGAGGUGCUUUGUGCACCGUUUCUUGUAAUAUAGAUUUCUGGUUUUCUGUGAUGGAACCCGAGCAAGUGACCGUGAAAUGCUCUGGAGUUCAGACCCACUGAUGGGGUUUAGGUGGGUGGGGGGUUUAAAUAAAAUGCAUGUCACAUUUAGUUUUUAUUUUUGCAUGAGAAACGUGCCUGCUUUUGAGCAGUUCAGGGCAGGAGACUCGUCGGAGCAGAACCUUCUUGCCCUGUUGGAGACUGUCGGGUUUCAGAUGUAUUUUAUUAAAAAAUGCUGUUACAUUAAAGACUUAAACCAGGAUUCCAUGAAGUACAAUAAAGAA